AUGAGGAAAACAGGCUUGGCAAGAGGCAAAGAGGAGAAGAAAAUCAACCUGACAGGUCUUCUAACUCUACCAGCACCAUUGCAAUUCCAAACACAGAUUCCUCAGCUGCUCAAAGGAUCAUCACCAGAGAUGGCCAGAAAGCAAAUGCAGAAAAGGAGAAUCAGUUACACAAAGAAAAAGGAACAAUGGAGCUAUAUCCAUCAGAUCAUUGAGAACAAUAGCAACCCAUGGGUAGUCCUAGAUGACCUUAAUUUUCACUUAGCAGAUAAUGAAGCUGGCUCCUCAAGUUCUUCUGAUGGUUUGGUCAAUAACAUUGUUGCUAGCAGUGGCUUAGAAGAUAUAGGUUUUAUUGGCAAAAACUUCACUUGGAGUAAUAAUAACAUGGGAUAUCGUACUAUCAAGUCUAGAAUAGAUAUGGCCCUAGGAAAUGGCAACUGGAAUCUAUAUUUCCCUAAUUCUAGACUCCAUCACGUGGAAGAAAAUGAAUCUCUCACAAGAAUCCCAAGUAAUGAAGAAUUAUUUGCUACUCUUAAGAGUAUGGAAAACUGGAGCUCACCUAGACCAGAGGGAUUUCAAGUUGGCUUUUAUAAGAUUCAAUGGGCCACAGUUGGGGAUGAUGUCUGUAAUAUGGUUAAAAGAUUUUUUCAAACAAGACAUAUUCUCAAGCAGAUUAACCAGACUUACAUCUCCUUAAUUCCAAAAAAGAAGAAGUGUACUUGUGUUGCUGAUUAUAGGCCAAUUGGCCUAUGCAAUACUUCUUACAAGAUUAUUUCCAAGGUGUUAGUUAACAGAAUGAAGCCCAUGAUGGAGAAACUCAUAUCCCCUUAUCAAGCUGCAUAUGUUUCUGGCAGAUUAAUCAGUGACAAUACUGUCAUUGCUCAAGAAAUAAUUUACUCAAUGAAGAAAAAAAGAGGUGAAAAUGGGUGGCUGGCACUAAAGCUUGAUAUGUCAAAGGCAUUUGACAGGUUAGAGUGGCCUUUCUUGCUUAAAGUUCUAGGCUAUUUUGGGUUUAAUGAUGAUUUUUGUGAACUCAUUCAACAAUGCAUCAGUACAACUCAACUUCCAGACAUGCUAAAUGGUUCUCCAUGUGAUACUUUUACACCUACAAGAGGAAUUAGGCAAGGUGACCCUCUGUCACCAUACAUAUUCAUUCUAGCUAUGGAGUUUCUCUCAAGGCAACUCACAACAGCUAAACAAGACAACAAAAUAAAAGGUAUUAAAGUGGCUUCUUUAUCAGCAGCUAUUAAUCAUCUACUUUUUGCAGAUGAUUGCUUGAUCUUUACUCAAGAAAAUGUUACUUCAGUCAACAACUUACUAGAGUUACUUCACAACUUCAGUUCUCAGUCAGGCCAGGAAGCUUUUAAAAGCAUCAAAGAUAACUUUGAAAGCAGGUUUAAUUCUUGGUCAUCUACUUCUCUUUCUCAAGCAGGCAGGGGUACAAUGAUAAAACAUGUAAUCAAUGUUGUACCUAUUUACCAGAUGGGCACCUUCAAGAUGCCAGCAAACCUUCUUAAACAACUUACAACCAUUGAGAGGAAGUUUUUCUGGGGUUAUCAUAAUAACAGAGGUCAUAAUCCAAUUUCCUGGAUGAAUGUGUGCAGGCCAACUGAAAUGGGGGGUUUAGCUUUUAGAGAUCUGGAAAAACUCAAUUUAGCUCUCCUUACAAAAUUGGCUUGGAGAAUCCGCAAUGAACUUAACACCCUAAUGGCUCAAACUCUCUCAAGCAAAUAUUUCAGGUCUAGAGACUUACUUCAUCAGCACAUCUCAGUUGACAGUUUCUCUUACACAUGGAAUGGGAUUUUAAAGGGUCUUGAAAUUGUCAGGCAGAACUACUUCAUGGAGAUCAACAAUGGCAAGAAAACAAGAAUAUGGAGAGAUAGAUGGAUCCCUGGUAUGUCUCAACCUCCUAUUUCUCAGAAUGAAUUUUUUAGGUUCUAUGAGUUUGUAGAAGAUCUAAUGGUACAAAAAACUGCUCAAUGGAAUACUCACCUUAUCACCACUUUAUUUGAUGCUGAUACUGCACUCAAAAUUCAAGCACUUUAUAUAGAUAAAAGCAAGGAAGACUCCAUGAUAUGGAUGCCAUCUAAAGAUGGAGUAUUCUCUGUAAAAAGCACAUCCAAAAUGCUUACCUACAAUGACAGAAAAGUUCAAAUAGAAGGCAGAACUAUUGAUAGAAAGAUCUGGAAAAGUUUAUGGAAAUGUAAAGUUGCACAAAGGAUAAAACUAUUUGCUUGGAAAUGUAUAAGAGGUAUUCACAGUACCAAGUUCAGCAGGCCAAUUUAUAACAGAAGUACUGAAACCAGCUGUGAAGUUUGUGGGGGAAAUGAAGAAACAAUAGAGCAUAUUAUUUUUGAUUGUAGGCAUGCCAGAGCAGUAUGGAGAGGCAUAAGCAUCAACAUUGAUGUUGUCAGAGCUAACUGCAGCACAGUUUUCGAGUGGGUUACUAAAACCAUUGUUAAAUUUAACAUAGAUGGAUCUUAUGAUGCUGACACUAAUCAAUAUGGAAUUGGCAUUGUGCUGCGUGAUUCAACAGGAGAAUGCAUUGGGACGAAAAGAACCUAUGGAGGUGGAGCACUAAACCCAGAAGUUGUCGAGUGUAUGGUUGUUCGUGGAGCACUACAAUGGGCGAAAAGCUUAAACUACUCAAUAAUUCAGUUUGAAGCGGAUGCAAAGCUCGUCGCUGACGUCUUAGCUAAGUCAGCAAGAGAAACAAAAUUCUCUGAUGAACAAUUUAGUAAUUUUGAUUCGUCUUAUAGAUCCGAAAUAAGUGAAGAUGAGAGCGAUAUUAGAUCGUGA